GUAAAGAACUGGGAAUUCUAGGAUGAACAAACAUUCUUGACUAAAAUCGCUAUCAAUGUAUGGUACACGCAGGUAGACAAAUAUGAAAUACUGAUGAAAUUUUAAUUUAAAACCUACUAGUACUAAUAAGUUUAUUUUAGGAGUCCAGAUUCUAAAUAAAACCGAACGAAGCCGGCGAAGACUAGUGGCGUGGCUAGUAGGCCAACUAUUACUAGUAUAGUACUAAUAGUAUUAGUAUUAUUAAAAGUAAAAGUAAGUAAUAUUUAAUAAGUAUUCUUUUAUCAUUAUCAUACUACCAUUAUCAUAAUUCAUACUACAUUAUUUUAAAAGUUAGGGUCUAGUAUAUUAUUAUAAAUUCUAAAAAAAUUAAAACCUUAAUACUUAGUUUAGUAUUAUAAACUAAGACUAAACUCUUUAUUUUAGGAGCCUAAUCAAUCAUUUAAUACCCCUAAUAUUAUAUUUAAUAAUUAUAUAUAAUUUAAUCAAAUAUAAUUUUAGUUAUGUAGGCCAUGGUCCUACUAAUUGUAGGCCUAUAUUUUAGGAAAAUAAAUGUGAAGUCAAAACAUUGUCAGUUUAAUUAUUAAUUUUAUAUCUUAGGAAAUGAAGAGAAAAAUAGUUAUUGAAACCAAAUCAAUAAUUAUCAAAAUCAAUGUCAUCAUAAAUGAAUUACUUAAAUACCUGUACCGAAUUGCAUAGCUAGUGGCAGAGCGACACAAAUUGGCAGAAAAGUCUGAGUGAUUCCCUUUGCAAGUCUGCUUCGCUAUCCGAAAAUAGAGUUCAUAGGUUUUAAAUAAAUGGGUUAUGAUGUGCGAGUCUUGCUAUGUGACUCUUAAUAAACAGAAGCAGAGCUAGUGUUUGGUUCCCUGGACAAGAUUAAUAUUUAAAAUCUCCCAACUCUGAAACCCAUUUUUUUAAUCAAUAAAAUACCCUCAAAACCCCCUUUGCCCCCCCCCCCCACCCCCACCUCCUCCACACUAGUCUGGCACUCGGGGAGAUUUAUACCCUCUGCCCACCCUUAGCCUCCCCUAUCCACUCAAAGUCAAAGCACUGUAUUGUUUUAAACCUAAUAACUUAGUCAAUUCUCCUUCUGCUAAGAGUAAGUCUCCGGUUAUUACCCUUUCCCCCUAAAAAUGGUUAGACAUCCCUGAAAUAGAUCCCAUUGGAUUUAUCUACUGGCUACAUAUCUAAGUAGUGCUAUAAUUUAAAAUUUACAGAGUAGGUGAACAUUAUGUGGUUGUCAUGUUUUCAACAUUCAAUAAAUCCAAAGCUGAUGAUAUCAAAUUUAUUAUUUGAAUAUAAAAUCAAUACAUAAGCAUAAUGUACAGACUGUCCUAAAAUAUUCUCUCAAAAAAUUAAAAUCAUUUGUAAGAGGAAUGAAAAAAAAGGAAGUAGGAAGAAGAACUUUUUUUCCAUCCCCUUGUCUCUCACACACUGGUAUAUCAUUUAACUUAUGUUUAUUGCUUUGUUGUCACUGCAGAGAUAUACAUACAUUUUAAUUCAGUAUUUUCAACUUCUACCAGUGUCUCUAUUUAUUAGUUUUUUGUGUGUUAAUAUGUAUAAAUAUUUUAGAGUUGAUUCUUCAUUCUUUUUUUAAUUUUAUUUUAUUCCCUAGGUAUGAAACAUGGCCAGCAUUGAGUGGCUUUACUUUCUGCUCUCUCAAACAAAGAUGGAAUGGCUUUUGACCUCACCUUUGUACUACAACAUUUCUAUUAUUCUGUCUGUUUUAUCAUGUGAAGAAGUCUUACCUCCAGAAAAUCUAGGUCACCAGCCUGUUUCGGAUGAACAUAAAGAGGAACCCUCUUCUAGCCAUGGAUUUCUCAACAGCAUACUUAAUUUCUUCAAAAACACACCACAGGAUGAAACUUUAGUCUCCAGCUCUGGCAGCAGUGAUGGAUGCAGCUCAGUAAUUCAUUUUGAAGGAACUCAAAGCCUAUCUGCCUUUUACACACUGUUAUUGACAGGGUUAUCAUUGUCAACUCUGAUAUUCUUAUUGCUGUUUGCACUGUGUUCCAGCAAAAGAGACAAUAAACAAGAUGCUCGGGUACCUAAGCAGGAAAUUCAAAGCCCU